AUGUUACUUAGUGUAGUUGUUGGUUCAACUUCCUUUGAAGAUAUUCAUACAAUAAAUAGAAUUACUUAUUAUUCUUUUAGAGAGGCAUAUAUUGCUUUAAACCUAUUACAAGAAGAUGAAGAGUGGGAUCAAUGCUUAACAAAAGCUAAGCAGAUGCAAUUAGAUGCACACUAUGCAACUUAUUUUGAUAAUAUACUCUUUCAAACCUGUUGUGAUACUGGAAAUAUAGCUUUUGAACUUAGAGAUACUGAUAUACAAAAUAGAGCUCUUCUUUAUUUACAAUCUAUCUUAAGUAAACAUGAAAGAUGUCUUGAGGAGUUUUCAUAUAUGCCUAUUCCAAUUGCUAAUACUAAUACUGAACAAAAUAACCAUCUAAUUAGAGAAGAGCAACAAUAUAAUAUUGAAGAACUUGCAGAGAUUAUUGAAAAAGAACUUCCCUAUUUAAAUAUAGAUUAG